AUGCUCGAUGACAUCCAAGAGACCUUCAAGAACCUAAGGAAGGUCAAUAUGAAACUCAACCCCGAGAAAUUUUCAUUUCGGUUUGAGGAAGGUAAAUUCCUUGGGCAUACUGUAGGAAAACAAAACAUUAAAGCCAAUCCAAACAAGGUAAAGGCUGUUCUUGCAACCAAACCACCGAGAAGCAAGAAGGAGGUUGAAAGCUUAAAAGGGAAGCUUACAGCCUUGAAGCGUUUUACCUCAAAUUUGGCUGAAAGGUCUUUACCCUUUUUCAAAACACUCAAGGUUGCUGAAGAAGCAAUAAGUGCGGUCCUCACCAUUGAACGAGACAAGGUUCAGACCACCAACAACGAAGCCGAAUAUGAGGCACUGAUAGCUGGCUUAAGACUGGCUAAAGAAAUGAAAGUCCAAAAGCUUGAAGUGUUCACAGACUCGUUGUUGGUAUCAAGCCAAGUGAUUGAUAGCUACAUUGCAAAGGAGCCCAACAUAAAAAGGUAUAAAGAAAAAUCAAAAGAAUUGAUGAACACCUUCCAAACAUGUACCAUCAAGCAAAUUCCCAGGUCUCAAAACAAGAAAGCGGAUGCCUUGAGUAAACUCGCAUCUCUCACUUUCGCCCACCUCACCAAGAAGGUAUUGGUAGAAGUGUUAAAGGCUCCGUCAAUCAAUGAGUUGGAAGUUCAAGAUGUAAUCACCGAAGAAGAUCCAAAUUGGAUGACUCCAAUCAAGAAAUUCCUUAAAGACGGUGAAUUGCCUAGUGAUCAAACAGAGGCUGAAAGGGUUAAGACCAAGGCAAGGCAGUAUGUACUACAAGGUGAAAUCCUCUACAAAAAGGGUUACCUUGCACCCUUGCUAAGAUGUGUUGGUCCCGAACAAAGUCAGUAUUUGGUCAAAGAUAUUCAUGAAGGUAUAUGCGGAGCUCAUUUUGGAGCUAGAUCGGUGGUUGCUAAACUUAUGAACCUUGGGUAUUUUUGGCCCUCAAUGCACCGAGACACCACUGAGCAACUAAUGAAGAGUGAUGCCUGCCAGAUUCAUGCACCUGUCCCAAAAAGUCCCAAACAUGAUCUUGUCCCAAUAACCUCAGCAUGGCCAUUUUGUAAAUGGGGGAUGGACAUUGUCGGUCCAUUUCCCCUAAGCAAAGGUGGAGUAAAAUUCUUGUUGGUGGCCAUAGAUUAUUUCACCAAGUGGCCUGAGGUUAAACCACUUGCAAAAAUCACGGGCAAACAAAUCAUUGACUUCGUUUGGGAAAACAUUAUUUGCCGUUAUGGAUUGCCGGGAGUACUUGUCACUGACAAUGGAAAGCAAUUUGCCAAGAAGCCUUUUAGCGUUUGGUUCAAAGAAUUCAUAAUCAAUCAGGUUUUCAGCUCAGUGGCAUACUCGCAAUCAAACGGUCAAGUUGAGAGGACGAAUCGAAGCAUAGUGGAAGAGGAAGCACGAGACCAAGCUGCAAUUCAAGAGGCCAAAUACAAGCAACGAAUGGAAGCCUACUACAACAAGAGAGUCAAGAACGAACGCUUCAAGCCAGGAGACCUGGUGCUUAGAAACAAUGAAGCCAGCAAAAAAGAGAACCAGGGAAAGCUUGGCCCAAAAUGGGAGGGCCCGUAUACCAUCCUUGAAGCACAUAAGGGUGGAUCUUACAAGCUAGCAGACUCAGAGGGUAAAAGGCUUCCAAGGCACUGGAAUGGAAAAACUUUGAAAAGGUUCCAUGUCUAA